AUGCCUCUCGUUCCCCCGCCUCCGGGUCCACCAUCGUUCUUUGGCCUUGGUGUCGGUACGCAGAACUACACGUGCGCGAGCACUGGGACGUACUCAUCCAUUGGGGCUGUCGCGGAGAUCUUCGACAUCUCUUGUCUUCCUGAGCCGACCUUUGACCUCAUCACAGACAUCGCCUAUGAUGCCUGGAAAGCCGCUCCUGAAAGCAUUACUGCGUUGUCGCUGAUCAACACCAUCUCGGAGCUAAGCCCCGGUGUUGUACUUGGCCAGCACUUCUUCAUCGACAACCCCACGGGCUCGGGCCUCAGCCCGGAGUGGGACUUCACGUCCGCGAGCGAGGCCGGCAAUCCUAAUGCCUUCGUGGUCGGCGCGACGACAGGCUCCGUCCCCGCGCCAAGCAACCCCACAGUCAACAUCAAUUGGCUGAGUCUUAAGAGCGUGGAGGGCGAACUCGCCACUGCUAUCUACAGGGUGAGCACCCAGGGCGGGCAACCGCCUGCUUCUUGCACUCCUGGUUCCGCGAACAUUACCGUACGCUACACCGCUCAAUACGUUUUCUAUGGCAGCUCGCUUUAG